AUGUCCCUAACUGAGAAUAGAAUGCUUUUUGCAUAUGAAUCUUCAAUACACAGUACCAAUAUUCUUUUGAGCCUCAAUGAUCAAAGGAAAAGAGAUCUUCUUUGUGAUGUCACUGUCUUAGUGGAAGAUCAGCAAUUUCGUGCUCACCGUUGUGUGCUUGCAGCAUGCAGCAGUUACUUUCUUUCAAGAAUUGUUGGCCAAUCAGAUACGGAUCUUAUCAUUACUCUCCCAGAAGAGGUGACAGUUAAAGGAUUUAAUCCUUUGAUUCAUUUUGCCUAUACAGCUAAGCUUAUUUUAAAUAAAGACAAUGUUGAUGAAGUAUGCAAGUGUGUUGAAUUUUUGGGCAUGCAUAACAUUGAAGAAUCCUGUUUUCAGUUUCUCAGGCUUAAAUUUUUGAACUCCACAGCAGAUCAGCAAGAAUACCCAACAAAAAAGUGCUUUACGUCACAUUGUCAGAAAGCCAACACUAAAAUUUCAUUAUUGGAUCAUGGGGAUCUAGAAAUAGAUGAAGUAGAAGAACUUCUAGAAAAUGAACAUGUUCAGAUUUCUCACUCUAAAAUCCAUACAUGUAAAGAAAAUGAAAAUAUACCACCUCCCAUCCAAGACAAUGCCAAUCAAACAUAUGAAUCAUGCUUAGAAAAGGAUGGUGCUCCUGGUUUAUCAUCUUUAGGCCCAAAGUACAGAAAAUUCCAAAAAGCUUUUGGAACAGAUAGAGUUCAUAGUGUGGAAUCUAGUAUUAAAGAUAUUCAAACACCAACAUUUGUUUCUGUUCAGCCAAAAGAAUUAUCUGAAAAUGAAGACAUAGAAACUCAAGAUUGUACAGAUUUACAGAUGAUUUUAAAACAUGAAGACACUCAAAUAGAAAUGGGUGAUGAGGAAGAAGCAAAGAAAAAAAAGAAUUCAUGUCAGGAUAUGGCAAAAACUGAGGUGACACAGCUUCCCCCAGAUUCUACUAUAGCAUCCCAUGGAUUUUACUCUCUUUCUCUCUUGCACACAUAUGAACAAUAUAGUGAUACGAAUCUUACAGGUAUGCAAAAUGUAACUGUGUUAACUGAAGAACCUUUGACUAGUAUGGAUAUGAGAGCAGAUAAAACAGUUACUGAAAAUCAAGCUUUGCCUUUGAAAUCUGCUUCAGGCCAUAAAGAUGACAAGCCCACAUCAACAAAUGAUCGAAGCAGUGUGGAAAGAGAAGUAGCAGAGCACCUAGCAAAAGGUUUCUGGAGUGACCUUUGCAACACAGAUGCUAAUUGUCAACUUCAGCUGUCACCUGCCUUAGCAAAAGAUUGUUCAGAACAUGUAUUUUCACAAAAAAGGUCUGAGUGUCCUUGGUUAGGUAUCAGAAUCAGUGAGAGUCCUGAACAGUGUCAAAGAACUUUUACUACAUUGAAUUCUGUCAGCUGCCCAUUUAUAAAUAAUCUUAGUACUGAAGAAUGUUCAAAUGAUUUGGAAAUUGGAAGUGAUGAUUUUGUUCCAGAACCACAGCAAGAGCCUUGCCCAUAUGCAUGUGUGAUUAGCUUGGGAGAUGAUUCUGAAACUGAUACAGAAGGGGACAGUGAAUCUUACUCAGCCAGAGAACAAGAGUGUGAGGUUAAACUUCCAUUCAACGCACAAAGAAUCAUUUCUCUUUCUCGAAAUGAUUUUCAAUCCUUGCUGAAAAUGCAUAAGUUGACGCCAGAACAGCUGGAUUGUAUACAUGACAUUCGAAGACGAAGCAAAAACAGAAUCGCUGCACAGCGUUGUCGAAAAAGAAAACUUGACUGCAUACAGAAUCUUGAGUUAGAAAUUGAGAAGUUGCAAAAGGAGAAGGAGAGUUUACUAAAGGAAAGAGAUCAUAUUUUAUCAACACUGGGUGAGACAAAGCAGAACCUAACUGGACUUUGCCAGCAAGUAUGCAAAGAAGCUGCUUUAAGUCAUGAACAAAUCCAGAUACUUGCAAAGUACUCUGCCUCAGAUUGUCCACUGACAUUGUUAAUUUCUGAAAAGGAAAAAGUUACUCCUGACUCCAAACUUGUGCCACCAUCCUGUAUGGAUUUACCUCAUGGACUUCCAAAUGUUCCACUAGCCAGAGAACAAAAUUCCUCUUAUCCAUGUGUAAAAGAAACAAAUAAUUCAACCCAGGAACAACAGCAAGAUUCAUAUUGGAAUUCUCCACGAACUUCUUCAUUGCUUAUGGGACAAUGUUGUCAGAGUGGUAGCAUCAGAGAUUUCUGUCAGAUGACUGGUCAUUUAACCACUGAUGAUUAAAACUAUAUUUUAUUUCCUUCCUACCUACCACUAACUUUUAUAAUCAAGUUUUUUUGUAUUAACAUGAAACUCUAAUGUAGAUUCCUUACAUUAAUUUCUGCUAAGUUUUCUAUUAAGCAUGUUUCUAUUACUUGGUAUUUUCAUCCCUGAGGUCUUCAUUAGAAAACCAGAGAUAAGUUUUAUGCAAUAAUUACAUAAGAAUAUGGUGAUCCUUUUAAAAAUCACAUAAAAAGAUGAUAAUUUUAACUUACAUUAAUACUGUGUUGUAUUUAAAAUAAAACAAUGAAAAUCUGGAACAGUUUGAGGAAGUUGGGCACCUUUUUUUUGCUGCUAGUACUCCUUAAAGUUUUCGAAACCAUUG